GAAGCAAAGCGACCUAAGAUGGAAAUUUCUAAGAAUGGAAACCUUGAAAUAACCACCGUAGAAAUGCAUACUGGCGGUGAAUCACUGCGUAUUAUUACUUCGGGAUAUCCGCAGAUUAAAGGUGAAACCAUUUUGGCAAAACGAAGAUACGUGGCGGAAAAUUUUGACAACAUUCGCAAGCUAUUAAUGGGGGAGCCACGAGGACAUUCGGAGAUGUUUGGAGCACUGUUGGUCACCCCUGAUGAUGAGAAAGCAGAUCUAGCUGUGUUGUUUAUGCAUAAUGGUGGUUAUAGUGUGAUGUGUGGUCAUGCUGUUAUUGCAUUAGCGCGAUAUGCGGUUGAUUCAGGGUUAGUAAAGGUAGACCCUACAGUAACCAGCAAUGUUGAAGUGAACAUACAAUGUCCUUGUGGCUUAGUUAAAGCAAUGGUUGAAGUAUCAAAUGGUACAUCUGGCAAAGUAAAAUUCACCAGCGUACCAGCAUUUGCAUUUGCUCUUGAUCUUAAAUUAUCAACUAAAUCAUUUGGGGAAGUUAGUGUUGACAUUGGUUAUGGUGGAACAUUUUACGCGCUUGUCUCAGACAAGGAGUUAGGUUUGGAUAUCCGAAAAGCAAGUCAUUCUGAGUUAAAAGCUGCGGCUAAGGAGAUGCUCCAGACUUGCUGUGAAAAAAUAAAGGUCAGUCAUCCAGAGGAAGAUGACCUGGCAUUCAUGUACGGUGUUAUAAUUACGGAUGGAAAAGAUCGGUUUUCAGAAUUUAAAGAUGAAACUGCAUUCAAUAUGUGUUUCUUUGGUGAUGCAGGUCAGGUUGACCGGUGCCCCUGUGGUUCAGGUGUGACUGCCCGUAUUGCAGUGCAGUAUCGUAAACUACAAAUUUCUCUCAACCAAUCUCGUGUGUUCAAGAGUAUUGUUGGAUCAAAGUUCACAGGCAGCCCAAUUCAGGAGACAAAAUGUGGUAACUUUCCUGCAGUGUUAGUUGAAGUUGGAGGUUUUGCUAAUUAUUGUGGUAAAGCUACAUUUACGUUGGAGAAAAAUGACCCAUUUCAAGAAGGCUUUCUGAUAAAUUAAACAAACAGACCUUGAUAUCUCGUAGUUCAUCGCCGAUAUGACGAUGCAUUUUUUAAGUAAAGGGAAGAAAUUAUUAAAAUUGUAAUAAAUUUUUUUAUCAUA